GACUUGGUCGCAGUGUGUAGCCUCAGUGUGGAGGAGAGGUUGCAUUUACAUUGCUUGGAUUGCCCAUCUGUCCGCUGGGAUAGUUAGAAUGGGGGAGAGGGGCUGGUGUCGAUGGGCUGUCCCGUUGUGGAUGUUCACGUUGGCAGGUUUUCUGCAGCUUACUGUGUCCUACAGUGUGAAACACUCGACUCUUUCUGACUUUCAUGACAGCAGUGUGAGAAACUGCAGUGUUGUCCCACCAAUAUCAUCAGAUCAUGGCUCAGUUGAGGGAUUUAAAGAAAGAAUUCCCACCCAUUUGUGUUCAAAGUACCUUCCUCCAACCACAGUUAACACCACCAAGAGACUGGCAGACCUGCGGCUGCUGAUGCCCACUCACAAUGUCAGCGCCUACAUCAUUCCAGCAACAGAUGCACAUCUGAGUGAGUAUAUAGCAGUUCGAGAUAAGAGACUAACAUGGAUUACAGGAUUCACAGGGACUGCCGGCACAGUGGUGGUGACGAACACCAAGGCUGUUCUCUGGACAGACAGCCGCUACUGGAUCCAGGCAGAGAGACAGGUCGACUGUAACUGGGUCCUGAUCAGGGACUCCUAUGUCAGCAGCAUUGUGGACUGGCUGAUCAGGGAGAUUCCAGAGGGGGAGCAGAUAGGAGUGGACCCCUUCCUGUUCUCUAUAGAUACAUGGAAUAGUUACUACCACCCCCUGGAACAAGCCAAAAGGACUUUAAUAUCCGUCCCGGAGAACCUGGUGGAUAGGGUCUGGACUGACCGCCCCCAUCCUCCUUCAGAGGCCAUCGAGAGACUCCCUGACUCUGUGAUAGAGAGAUCCUGGCAGGAUAAGGUUCAGGAGAUCCGGAAGCAGAUGAUGGAAGAUGCUUCCAAACCGACGGCUGUCCUGCUCUCUGCGCUCGAUGAAACCGCGUGGCUGUUUAAUCUGCGAGGGAAUGACAUCCCCUACAAUCCCUUUUUCUUUUCCUACACACUGUUGACAUUGGAUGAGAUCUGGCUAUUUGUGGAGCCUUCCAGAGUUUCCAUGGAGAUAAAAGAAUAUCUAAAUGGAAGCUGCUACCUAUCGCACUGUGUUCAGAUAUUGGGCUACAGCACAGUGAAAACUUACAUUAGGGACUAUGCUAUGGGCAAUGUGAGGGUGUGGAUCGGCACAGAGUACACUACCUAUGGACUUUAUGAAGUGAUACCAAAGGAGAAGUUAUUGACCAGCGCUUAUUCUCCAGUCCUCGUCACUAAAUCUGUCAAGGAUCAGACGGAGCAGAAAGUCCUAAAGGAGGCUCAUGUGAGGGAUGCUGUCGCUGUCAUCCAGCUUCUAGUCUGGCUGGAGAAAAGCGUCCCUAAAGGAACAGAGGAUGAGCUCUCUGCAGCACGUUUCGUCGACCACAAGCGCAGUGCACAGAAGCUCUUCAGAGGACUGAGCUUUGAGUCUAUUUCUGCGAGUGGGCCGAACGCAGCUCUGGCUCAUUACAGCCCCAACAAGGAGACAAACAGGAAGUUGAACGUUGAUGAAAUGUACAUGAUUGACUCUGGAGGCCAGUACUUGGAUGGGACCACCGACAUCACACGCACAGUGCACUGGGGGGAGCCUUCAGACUUUCAAAGGGAGGCUUUCACCCGUGUGCUGAUGGGAAAUAUUGACCUGUCAAGGCUCAUCUUCCCUCCUGGAACAAGCGGUAGAAACGUAGAGGUGCUGGCCCGCAGAGCGCUCUGGGAAGUGGGACUCAACUAUGGCCACGGAACCGGUCACGGGAUCGGCAACUACUUCAGCGUCCACGAAUGGCCUGUGGGAUUUCAGUCUAACAACAUCGCAUUGCAGGCAGGAAUGUUCACCUCUAUAGAGCCUGGAUAUUAUCAGGAGAAUGAUUUUGGAAUAAGAAUUGAAGACAUUGCUGUUGUGGUGAAGGCAGACACAAAGUUUGGAGGGAAGCAUUACCUGACUUUUGAGACGGUCUCGCUGGUCCCAUACGACAGGAAGCUAAUCAACACUGCCCUCAUGAGCAGAGAACAGAUUGAGUGGUUGGAUGCGUACUACCAGAAGAUCCGCAGGGAGGUGGGCCCUGAGCUGGACAGGCAGGGGUUGAAGGAGGAGCACAGCUGGGUAAUGAAACACACGGAGCCCUUUGUCUCAGGAAGUAUCCUGGCGACAGCCUCCUCAUUCACACUGACCGCUGUGCUCCUGUCCAGUACCCUCCUCCAGCGCCUUCUGUUCUAGAGCGCAGCACGGAGACUGUGGGACGGAUUUCUCUGGGGUGAAAUAGCCUGGAUAACUAUUUCCCAAAAUGCUUUUUCCUAGCUAAAAAUGACAUCAGAUCCGAAAUCAGGCACAAAGGCUACAGUGAUACUGCAUGUGUCAGUUCAGAAAAUCAAUUUAAAAUGAUCUGUAUGGCUAUGCAAAUUCUUUUUAUUUUUUUAGGUCUAGUUUUCCAAUGCGUGCAUGUGCGCAGAAUUCAUAUGCAAGUGCUGUAAGAGGAAGUUUAUUUUUUUGAAUAUAGAGCAAAACAGUUUGCUUUCAUUCUGAGCCCUAGGAAAUUGUUUAUAUGCAAUAAAAAAAGUAUCAUAAUUCAUUCUGAAACAGGAAAUUACUCAUAGAUAUUAUCCUGGCAGCAUUUUUAAUGAAUUAUGACGCUUUGUCACCUUUUUUUUUUUUCUUUUUUUUAAAUGUAACAGCUGAAAAUAUAUUUUUUGACGUUCCUUCUCAGAAAUGUGAAUGUCAUCAGAUGAAAUGUGUUUCUAUGAAUGCUGUGGUAUGAUAGCUGUCACAUUAGGAACAUGUGUUGCAAUCUGCUUUAUCCGUGUCUGCUCUCUGUCAUAAAAUGAAUCCCUUUAUUGAUUGUUUGGGAUGAAAAUCUAGGCUUCCACAAAUGUUUGAGUAAAACCAGUUAUUUUACCAUUUCAAUAAAAAGGGACACUAUUGA